GCGCGCAAGAGGGCCUGGGUACGAGGCUAGUUACAGACAGAGCCGUAUCUAGACGGCUCUGGUUACAGAGUUACAGGGUGAUGUCUGUACGUCGGCCAAUCAGGUUCAUAAGAGGCGAAAGUGAGUGUGAAAAUGUUUCGAACGCAAACGAGGACGAUAAGAGCGGCACAACCGGAGAAGAAGCAAUGAGGUUCUAUCAAGAACUCAUUUCAACACGAACGAGUGACGAAGGCAACGGUAUUAGAUCUCUGUGUGAUGAGAUGCGUCCGCAGCGCACUUCGAAACGUUCAAAACAACGAAAACGUCCGAAAAUUAGAUCAAAUGACGUCAUAUCCGGUAUGACGUCAGAAGAAGCGGAGCAAGCGCUUAUGUUUGGAUCCCAGAAUGGUGACGUCGAGGCGGUGAAAAGAGCAGUUGCUUCUGGCUCGUGUGAAGUCAACUGCCGAGAUUGUUUCGACUGGACUGCUUUGAUGUGCGCUUGCACUGCUGGGCAUUAUCACAUUGUCAAGAUUUUGCUUGAAUGGGGUGCCACUUGGCACGACAAUUUUGAUAAAUGUGGACGAAAUGCUUUAGACUUAGCACGUAUGGGAAGGUUUAAUGACGUAGAGACUUUACUGCUUACCAGUGAUCACAAUGUCGACCAUAAACGUGCGAGAAAGAGAGUGAAGACGACGUCAAUGCCUUACUGGUGCUCGGAGUGUGACAUGAAUGUGAUCGAUGGUGUCGGACAUGAACACAAAAAGAGCACAGUUCACCAGUUUAGCCGUCGGCAGCAAAGUGGAGCGACACAGAGUCCUCAUUAUAUUCUUGGACACAAUAACGUUGGAUACCAGAUGAUGGUACGAGAUGGCUGGACCGAAGAGAAAGGACUCGGACGUGAUAGUCAAGGAAGAUGGUAUCCUAUCAAGACUGUGUUGAAGAAAAACAGAAGUGGACUGGGGACGGCUGGUGAGUCUGCCAGAGUGACACACUUUGGGCCGUUUGAUGCAACGGCCGUUCGAGGACGGGGCGUGUCGGUGGAAGUUGCGACAAGGCAAGCGACGAAGAACGAACGUAUAAGGAGCUGUGAACGAGAGAGACAGAUGGAGAUUAGUUUUCGUCGGUCAUUCAACUCUGCAGACGGCUGAUACAGUGAAACAUCAUAAAUUAUCUAUUUAUUGUUAUUCAGUAUUGUGUGUAAUAUUGGUGGAGUCUGAUAAUAUAAAUGGAAUUAUACUGUGUAAGCUAUUUAUCCGGUCAAGUUGAUAUCACCAAUGUUCUAUACAUAUUGGUGUGACGUCAAUGUGUUGACUUUUGUAUACACGUUUUUGUCAGUUCUCAG